AUGACUGAUGAUGUUGAAGAAAAAAACAAAACAGAAGAAAAGAUUUUGAAUCCAUGGAAAGAAAGUGAUUAUUUAGAAAAAUGGAAUGCAAAUGCUUAUUUGACUUCGUUCUGUCAACAAAUUAAUGGCCAAUGGUUGCCUGUAAUGUAUCCUCUUGUAUCAAAUAUAAAUGAACUUUUACAGACUAAACUAAACAAAAAAGAACAAAUUGUAUUAGAAUUUGGUGGUGGUCCAUGUCUUUGGGGAUCUCUUCUUUUAGCUGAAUAUUUUGAUCAAAUAUGGUUUUGUGAUUUUGCUCCUUCAAAUUUAAAAUCUAUUCAAGAUUGGUUAGAUGAAAAACCCGAUGCCUUCAAUUGGAAACCUUUUUUUAAUUAUGUAUUAGAUAUUAAACAAGGUCAUCAUCACAAUGAAUUUGAAUAUGAAACCAAACUUCGUUCUGCACUUAGAAAUAGAAAAAUAUUUCGAUGUGAUGUUAAUAAAAUAAAUUCUUUGUUUAUCGAUUCUCCAAAUGAUCAACAAAAAUUUCAGAUGAUUUUCUCGAGUUUCUGUCUUGAAAGUGCUUGUUCAUCAUACAACAUAUUAAAGCAAACGAUUUUGCGUUUUAGUGAUCUUUUAGAGUCUGGUGGAAUGUUAUUAAUUUGUUCAUUUAAAAAUUCAACCUCGUAUACAUUUAAUGGUGAUACAUUUACUGAUUUACCGUUAAGUCCAGAUAUAAUUCGAAACGCCUUUCUUGAAACUGGUCAUCUAACUGAACCCACUUGCAUUUCUUUGGAUUCUCAACCUAAUCCGACAUAUGGUAUUACUAAUCAUGGAAUCAUGAUUAAUUAUGGAUUUAAAAUCUAA